GACGGCUGGUAAAGCAUCCUGUCAGAUUGGGGCGGGUGUUUUGUAUUGGAAGAGUAUGCAGGGUGUCAUGUUUCUGGCGUUCCAGCACGACUGCAACCGAAUGGAGAAAAGCACUAGCCAUUGCCAGAGCAAAGAAGAGAAAAAGGGCAAGAUGAAAAAAACCAUCAUAAAAGAUUGGAAAUCAAGAUUGAAUUACUUUCUGCAGAACUCCUCCAAUUCUACCAAUGCAAAGGCUAACAAAGGACAACAAAAGACAUGUUUUAGACCUUCUCCUGAAGAAGCUCAGCUGUGGUCAGAAACAUUUGAUGAACUCCUAGCUAGCAAAUAUGGUCUGGUAGCUUUCAGAGCUUUCCUGAAAUCAGAGUUUUGUGAAGAGAACAUUGACUUCUGGUUGGCUUGUGAAGAUUUCAAGAAAAUCAAGUCCCCACAAAAACUCACAGCCAAGGCUAAGAAGAUUUACAGUGACUUUAUUGAAAAAGAAGCUCCUAAGGAGAUCAACAUAGACUUUCAGACCAAAGACAGUAUUGCUCAGAGCAUCCAAGAAGCCACACACACGUGCUUCAGUGCAGCUCAGAAGAGAGUCUAUAGCUUAAUGGAGAACAAUUCUUACCCUCGGUUCUUGGAAUCCGAAUUCUACCAGGAGUUAUGCCGAAAGUCACCAAUCAGCAGAGACCCUCAAGCAACAUGAACCCCCUCAUAAAGCAGGAAGGGGAAGAAAAUCCAAAGAAUCGUUUUGCCUAAGAGGACCAUGUGUCUUUGCUGGCUCAGUGGGUUCGAUGAAAUGAAUGCAAAGGAGAUCUGCCCAAAUGGUAAUUUACAGUUAUGCAGCUGAUGGAAAUAGUUGACUUGGGCAGACUCUAGCAAGCUGCCCUAUUAAAGUUUAAAAGUAACAACAUAAACUGCUGGCCAGUUAUUAAGGAAAGCUAAUUUUCCUUCCCAUAUAUAAUGUUUAUGGAAUGUCUUGUGCAGCAUUGGACUGGUGUGGGUCAUCCAGCUUGUAUGUGAACCUGGAUAUGCUGGUGCUGAUAAAAAAGACCAGUGUCCUGUAUGUGUAUAUUUAAAUGUAAACAAGCUCUAGGAUUGUUCUUGCAGACUGACCUUUGUGGGACUUGACAAAUGCUUUGAAUAAUUGGCUUUUCCUAAAUAGCCAGCACUAUGUAAUCAUCAUUGCUGUAUCAGCUUCCCUACGCAGGUUCUGUUCCCUGCAGAUCAUGCAGCUCUGCACAGAUGUAGCAGAUGGUCUCAUGACUGUUACACAAAUACCAAUAUUGUGGUAUGAUUUCUUGCAGAUAGCAAUUUAGCUGACUUAAAGUGCCAAGCAUGAUGACCUGCUAAUUGGCUAGGGACAAAUCCAGUCUGUGUGAAUUUGUACCAUUUGGAGUAAAACCUGGUCUAGACUUCA